AUGAAAAUCCCAGUGAAAAACGAGGUUAUAACUAUCAGGGGAAAUCAAACCCUAUCUAGGCAAUGCUACAUGGCCAGUAUGGGCAGCACGGUGGAAACGAUGAACAUCGAUACACCGGAGUUGCUCCUCAGAGAGAAGAAAGCCCAGAAACCCCGAGAAAACUUAGAAACGAUUGAACUUACAGAGGGAUCCGAGAUGUGUGUAAAGCUGGGGAUAGAUUGGCCAAACGAGCACCGGGAAGCUAUUAUAGCUCGGAUAAAACAGAAAGUAGAUUAUCCGGAGUGGCUGGCUAAUGUGGUUUUGAUCAAGAAGUCCAACGAUCAACUGGGCAAGAACGUCGAGGUUUAUGUAGAUGACAUAGUCGUGAAAUCCAAGGGGAUCGAGGAUCACGCAGAGGAUCUGGCAGAAACUUUUGAAAAGCUAAAGGGUUUUAACCUCAAGCUGAACCCGGAAAAGUGUGUUUUCGCAGUCCGCUCGGGGAAAUUUCUAGGGCACCUCAUCUCGGAGAGAGGCAUCGAGGCGAACCCGGAGAAAAUCGAGGCAGUAAUGAACAUGAAAGCACCCAGCUCGGUGAAAGAAGUACAAAAGUUGAACGGGAGAGUAACGGCGUUGGGAAGAUUCAUGAAGGAGUGUAACACAGCUUUUGAAGAACUGAAGGUUUACCUCAGCACACCCCCGGUGCUAGGUAGACCUGAGCCUGGGGAAAUCUUAUAUUUGUAUCUCUCGGUGAAUGACGAGACAGCAGCGGCAGUCCUGGUGAAGGAAGAUAAGGUGGCGGCGGAAAAGCUAAGGAGAUAUUUCGAGGCUCACAUCAUUGUAGUACAUACGGACCAACCUCUGAGAAAGGCGCUGCAGAGGCCAGAGAUGUCGGGACGGUUGGUCAGCUGGUCGGUCCAGCUGGGAGGAUAUGACAUCCGGUAUGAACCGAGACCGGCUCUGAAAGCACAAGUAUUGGUAGAUUUCAUAGCCGAGACCACAACAAGCGACCAACCUGAGGAACCUGACGAACAACUUCUACGGUGGGUCUUAGAAGUCGACGGGGCAUCAAAUCUGGAAGGAUCUGGGGCAGGUGUGGUCUUGAAAGGCCCUCACGGAGUCACACUCCGAAACUCGGUGAAAUUCGAUUUCCCGGCAUCCAACAAUGCUGCGGAGUAUGAGGCUCUGUUGAUCGGAUUAAGAAUGGUAAACGUGGUCAAGGCCGAGCACGUAACAAUAAGGAGUGAUUCUCAGUUAGUCGUUUGUCAAAUCCUGGGUACUUUUGAAGCUAGGGAUUCGGAAAUGAGGAGAUACGUGGACAGAGUCAACAUCGACAACCACGAAACCAUUUUCCUAACUCAGCCUUUGGAAAAUUGGAUGCAAGGUAUAGCCCACUACCUGAUGGAUGGAACUCUGCCAGAAAACAGAGAUAAAGCCUACAAAAUCUUGCGACAAGCUCCGUACUACGCGUUCCUCGACAGAGUCUUGUACAGAAAGUCAUUCACCCACCCGUGGUCGAGAUGCCUGACAGCAGAGGAAGGGGAGUAUGUUUUGAGGGAAAUACAUGAAGGGAUUUGUGGGGCACAUAUAGCUCCUCGCAUGUUGGCAAAGAAAGCAGUGUUGCAAGGCUACUACUGGCCCCUAAUGGUCAGGCAAGCAGAGGAGAUAGUAAAGAAGUGUGAAAACUGUCAGAGGCACCAGAACAUCCGACAUGCUCCUACUACAGAGCAGUGUCCUAUUACCAGUCCUUGGCCGUUUGCAACUUGGGGAAUUGACAUCCUGGGACCUUUCACGCCAACCACGGGGCAGAAAAAGUUCUUGAUAGUGGCAGUAGAUCACUUCACAAAGUGGAUCGAGGUAGAGGCAGUGAGUACCAUCACAGAAGCCCGGAUCAGGGAUUUCUUCUGGAGGCAAAUCGUGUGUCGUUUCGGUAUACCCAGAGCGUUGGUAACUGACAACGGGAAGCAGUUCAACUGUCGAGCCUUCAAGGAAUUUUGCAACGACUUGCACAUUGACCUGCGUUUCACUUCGGUAGUUCACCCGCAAAGCAAUGGGAUGACCGAAGUAACCAACCGGACGAUCCUAAAAGGGCUUAAGGCCAGACUAGGGGAGUUUGAUAGACAGUGGCUGGAAGAGCUACCGAAGGUCAUAUGGGCUUACCGAACCACGCCAAGGGCAGGCACAUGA